CACACUGGUGAAAAGCCGUUUUGUGUGACAUGUGGAAAAAGUUUUAGUCAUAAACUGUGUUUAACUCGGCACAUGAGGAUUCACACUGGUGAAAAGCCGUUUUCAUGUGACUGUGGAAAAAGUUUUAGUCAAAAACAGCAUUUAACUCAGCACAUGAGGAUUCACACUGGUGAAAAGCCGUUUUCAUGUGUGAACUGUGGAAAAAGUUUUAGUGAAAAACAGAGUUUAACUAAGCACAUGAGGAUUCACACUGGUGAAAAGCCGUUUUCAUGUCCGUUUUCAUGUGUGAACUGUGGAAAAUGUUUUAGUCAAAAACAGGCAUUAACUCUGCACAUGAGGAUUCACACUGGUGAUAAGCCGUUUUCAUGUGUGAACUGUGGAAAAUGUUUUAGUCAAAAACAGGCAUUAACUCUGCACAUGAGGAUUCACACUGGUGAUAAGCCGUUUUCAUGUGUGAACUGUGGAAAAUGUUUUAGUCAAAAACAGAGUUUAACUAAACACAUGAGGAUUCACACUGGUGAAAAGCCGUUUUCAUGUGUGAACUGUGGAAAAAGUUUUAGUGAAAAACAGAGUUUAACUCAGCACAUGAGGAUUUACACUGGUGAAAAACCAUUUUCAUGUGUGAACUGUGGAAAAAGUUUUAGUCAGAAAACAAAUUUAACUCGGCACAUGAGGAUUCACACUGGUGAAAAGCCGUUUUCAUGUGUGAACUGUGGAAAAAGUUUUAGUCAAAAACAGCAUUUAACUCGGCACAUGAGGAUUCACACUGGUGAAAAGCUGUAGAAGUAUUUUCCAUACUUGUUCUAUGUUGAGGUUCACUAUAGGAUUAAUUUAGUUAACUACUAGAAUUAAGGACUGGAGGGGUUUCAUGUCUAUAAAGCUGAAAAUUGUUGUAUUUGUUAAA